AGCUUCUCCAAUACCCUCGAGAUUGGAAAAAGUUCCAUCUGAGGAUAGAACCCCUAGAGUCAGACCCGGAGGGCCGGCAAGCCAAAGAUGACGCUGCCAAAUCUGGGCCUGCUGUGGCUGAGGUUCGCCGUUUCGCUUGCCAUCGCGCCUUCCCUGCUGAGCGUUCCUACAACCGAAGGCCUUGAGUACAUGGAGCCCGAGGAUCUGCUGGAAUCCGUCAGGAACAGCUCAUUGAAAGACGGCCUGAACGUUCUCUUGAUCAUCGUGGAUGACCUGAGGCCCGCCUUAGGCUGUUAUGGAGAGGAUUUCGUGAAAUCUCCAAACAUCGAUCAGCUGGCCUCUCAUAGCGUGGUGUUCCAAAACGCCUUUGCCCAACAAGCCGUCUGCGCCCCGAGCAGGGUGUCUUUCUUAACUGGCCGGAGACCAGACACUACCAGAGUGUAUGACUUCAAUUCCUACUGGAGAGUCCAUUCGGGAAACUAUUCUACAAUCCCCCAGUAUUUCAAGGAAAAUGGUUACAUCACUUUGUCAGUUGGAAAAGUGUUUCAUCCUGGAAUUUCUUCCAAUCACAGUGAUGAUUUUCCAUACAGUUGGUCAGUUCCACCUUUUCAUCCCUCCUCUGAACGAUAUGAAAAUAGCAAGACAUGUAAAGGUCAGGAUGAAGAACUUCACGCCAACUUGAUUUGCCCUGUGGAUGUAGAUGAGAUGCCUGAAGGAACCUUGCCUGAUAAACAGAGCACCGAAGAAGCCAUAAGAUUGCUACAAAAGAUGAAAAAAACCAAGGGUCUUUUCUUUCUGGCCGUUGGCUAUCAUAAACCUCAUAUCCCAUUCAGAUAUCCCAAGGAUUUUCAGAAGCUGUAUCCUUUGGAAAAUGUUACUCUGGCUCCUGAUCCUCAGAUCCCUGGUGGACUACCUCUUGUAGCAUAUACUCCCUGGAUGGAUAUCAGGAAGAGGGAAGACGUCCAGGCCUUAAACAUCAGUGUUCCCUAUGGUCCGAUUCCUAAAGAGUUUCAGCGGAAAAUCCGUCAGAGUUAUUUUGCAUCCGUUUCUUACUUGGAUUCAGAAGUUGGUCGCCUGUUAGAUACUUUGGAUGAACUUCAGUUCUCAAACAACACAAUUAUUGCCUUUCUGUCUGAUCAUGGAUGGUCUCUGGGUGAACAUGGAGAAUGGGCUAAGUACAGCAAUUAUGAUGUAGCCACUCGAGUGCCUUUGAUGUUUUACGUGCCUGGAAAGACUGCUCCAUUUACUUUUCCCGGAGAGAGGCGUUUUGCUUACAUUGAUCCCUUCGAUUCAAUAGCCGAGUUGAUGAUUCCAGGAAAGCAAGCCGAGGAGCUUGUUGAACUUGUAUCUCUUUUCCCAACUCUCUCCGAACUUGCCGGAUUGACUAUUCCUCCAUGCUGCCCAUAUGAUUCAUUUGAUGUUGAGCUGUGCAGAGAAGGACCAAGCCUUGCCAGGUUUCUAAACUUUGCCACAUGGGAAAAGGACCCUUACAGCACCAGGAAACCCAGUGAUUUUGUGGCAUAUAGCCAGUACCCCCGGCCUUCAGACACCCCUCAGUGGAAUUCUGAUGAGCCAGAUUUAAAAGAUAUAAAAAUUAUGGGCUAUUCCAUGCGUACAAUAGACUACAGGUUUACUGUAUGGGUCACCUUUGAUCCUGUGAAUUUCACUGCCAAUUUUACUGAUAUCCAUGCAGGUGAACUAUAUUUUGUCGACUGUGAUCCUUUGCAAGAUCAUAAUUUUUAUAACCAGACCCUAGGCAUUUGUUAAAAUUCCCUGGGUCCUGGGUACUGAGUCCUGGGCCUAUAAAUUUUAUAUCAUUAAAAAGCAUUCUAUUUACAA